AUGGUGAAAAAUUACCUCCCUCCCUCAUACGAGACUUGGUUUGGAGACGAAGAUGAAGAUGAUCUCCACCAGGAGCCCUUGCCCAAGCUGUCAGCAAGCGAAUACGCUGAGGGGUUGAAAAGGAUUCCAGCAAUGAAGGUCCAGAGGUUUAUCUCGGAAUCCGAUCUCAACAAAGGUCUGGAUAAGUGGCUUCCACGACCAACCGACCCGAUGGCAACUAGGAGGAUACUGCGAGAUUCCGUCUUCCAACCAAUUAGUGAGCUGCUGGUCCUGUUCGGCAAGGGGGAAUGGAGCCUACGCCCACGUGCAUUUGCAGUUCUGAAGAUGCUCCAAAGCGCCCCUCUUCUCGACUGUUUUGUGAAAGAAGGUCUGACCGAUUCGGCGCUGCCUUAUACGGAGAGCAACCUCCCUGCAUUCAUCCGAGGUGCAAAGAUGCGGGCGGCAUUCUUCAAAUUUCAGCGAAUGGUCCUGUGCAAAGAGGAAUCUGCCUCCGACAUGGAGGAUGGCGGCAAGCAUCUACAUCUUCCGGGCAGCGGUGACGAUUAUUUCCGCCUGAUCAAGACACUAGGCACUGGGAGGUUUGGUGUCGUGGACCAUGUUUGUAGCCGCAACACCUGUAUCCCUUACGCUCGAAAACGGGUACUUCGGGGUCAUUCUGCCCUGGACGAUGAGCGACAGCUACGGCAGUUUGAGAGCGAGAUCCAGGCGCUGAAAAGGCUCUAUCAUCCUCAUAUCGUGAAGCUCAAAGGAUCAUAUACAGAUCCAAAAUACCUUGGCAUCAUCAUGACACCUGUGGCGCAGGUGAACCUGGAUGAGUACCUUCGCGAGAUGAAGCUGGAAGACAACAUCAAGCGGCGGCUCCUACGCUCAUUCUUUGGCUGCCUAUCUACCGCGCUGGCAUAUUUGCACCAGCAGAACGUCAGGCAUAACGACAUCAAGCCGCAAAAUAUCUUGGUUUUAGACUCUCGAGUUUACUUGAGCGACUUUGGAACCUCGCGUGCCUGGGGCACUGAGGGUGAAAGCACUACCCGCGGCAAACAUUCCGGCUACACGCCACGAUACUGUGCACCAGAGACUCUUGAGACUGGAGCGAGAAACACAGCAAGCGAUAUAUGGUCACUAGGCUGUGUGUUCCUCGAGAUGGCCACCGUCUUGCAUCGGUUCUCUGUGGCCGACAUGUAUGAGUUCUUCACACAAAAUGGCUCAAUGAGGUCCGAUGCGAUACAUGCAAAUCCGGCCGCCCGCAGGCUUUGGUUAGCAAAACUCGAGAGAAGCGGAACUGGCGAAGAUGCUCAGUCAUUAGCUCUGGUCUCGGAGAUGCUUGUCGACCGUCAAGAGGACCGCCCAACAGCUGCUCAGCUUCGUGGUCAACUGAUUGACUAUGUUGGGCCGUAUAGUCACAUCUGCCCGUAUUGUGCCUUGCCGGACGGGCUCUCCCAGACACAGAGCGCGAAGAGCCUAGCCGAAGCCAAAAGCCACCAACAGACCACCUUCACCAGCGACGAUGUGAACUUCCCUCAGUUCCCUCAGCCAGAGUUGCCUGUUCCUGUGACAGCUGAGGCACUACACUUGCCAGAGCGAACACCUGCUGAAGGUGCUGUGGAGGAAGUUCCUAUAAUGACGGGCAGCAAGGAGCUCACCGAGAGGGACAGGACUGUUGGGCAAAGGGCUCCACUAAUACGGGUCAUUGAUGCAAACGAUACACUUCGGGACCCCAGUGAUCCUAGUGACCCUGGAAAGGCUGCGCCGACACGUCUUGUUCGUUUUUCCGGACUCCCGGAAGAAAUCCGCCCUAUGCCAACUGGCUCAGAGGUGUCAGUAGAUGAAGAUGACGGCUUCAUCAGUCCCGAACCAAUCAAACCGCCUCCCUUCUGGAAGGAAGACAGCCUUCCUCUCCCAGCAGCAACGCUGGCCCCGUCAUACAUGCUUGCCGGAACAAACCACUUCUCUCAAGCUGAGCUGUCAGCUGCAGCCCUGUUCAACCCUGUCGAAUCCAAUGUUUUUGUUUACGGGCGGCUCAUGUUUCCUGGCGUGCUCCAUGCUGUGGCCGAUGCUUCGACAGAGGGGGUAUACUCUCGUAGCCUCAGGAGACGAUUGCACCCUUCCUCUGCGGAUUGGGCCAAAGCGGAUCUCUCCAUAAAGCACGCAGCCGAAGUCAUGACGCCUGCCGAGCUGAAGGGGUACGACCGAUGGUGGCCUCGUGGGCUGAACCAUGCUGCGGCCAUUCAAGAAUCUCACAGGAGCAAGAGGAUCCUUGAAUUAAAUGCAGCUGGAAGAAGUGAGUCACUACAACUCAAGACAUCCAGUAAAGUGACAGGCUUCCUUGUGCUAGGAGUGCGGGCGGAUGCACUACGGUACCUAGACCUGAUCCUCAGAAGGAUGGCGCCACCCAGUGAUGACGACCAGCUAGACAGAGGGUUGGAGAGACAUGAAACGAACUAUUUCAAACGUGUGACGAUUGAUGUAGACGUACAACUUGUCACAGGCGAGACGAGGCUCGUACAAGCACAGACAUAUGUAUGGACACAGGGAGUGCGCGACCUCUGCGGCUUCUGGAGCGAGGACCGAUUUCUACGCAGCCCGCUGAUGCAGUCCCUCGCCGCGCAGGAUAGCUCGUGGAAGGAACAGGAACAGGCUCUUGCUACGACGAUGAAAAUGUCCUUUGCUCUUGUCGGCGACUACCUCUGCGGGCCUAUUAUAGCUGGCAAUUUUCAGGACCUUGCAGUCCUUCUCAAAAGCGGCUUCGAUCCCAACGCCGCAUGCCGGUACUACGGCUUCCCGCUGCAUGCCGCUGUAUCGGUGGGACACGAGGAUAUGGUGCGGCUCUUGCUGGAGCACGGCGCUAAGAUCAACGCAUCAGGCGGGCAGUACGGCACGCCUCUCAUUGCUGCUGCCUACGGCAGUCGCAAGGCUAUCAUGAAGUUACUGUUGCACCACGAUGCCAAUGUCUUCGCCCGCGACAAUGUCCACGUUGGCGCGCUCUAUCAGGGUGUUGCCCAUGGCGAUUAUGCUAUAACCGAAAUGCUCCUUGAGCAUGGCGCUUGGCUAUGCCAAGACUGGACCGAGAUCGCCGAUCUCGCCGCGGAGCUAAAAGAUGUUGAGAUUCAGGCCCUUCUCAGCCGCUACGAUGUGCGCAAGAUACACUUGCAGUACCUCCUUAGCUCCCACUCGGGAGACAAGAGCGAGGAAGAGACAAAUCGCAUUGAAGCCUCAACUUCAGAUAGCGAUGACACACUCAUAACCUCAUCAGCUGUCAGUACCUGGGGCACUAUGAGUAAGUCCAAGGUUCUGUCGGCCGUGUUACGUAAGGCGGCCACUGCGUCGCGCAUGUCAGGCAAUUGGAAGGGCCGGCGCGGUGUUACAGUGCUCGUGGCAGCUCUGAAUGCUGGCGCGCCAAUAGAUCUUAUUGGAAGGCUCCGCGACACACUGUAUCCGAUCAAGGCCGUCAUUAGCAUGCUGUGUCAACAGGACGGGGAGCAAGAGAUCCAGCAGCUGAGGGAUGGAGAGCAACGGGCCAGUGAUGAGGACGAACUCAGCUUUACUGGACGGGAGGGCUUGAACAGAAGAUCUGAGCAAAUUACAGGCACUAUAAGCAACUCUCCAACCCGUCAGAACUCAUUAGAGCCUAGGAGAUAUUCUAGAGGUGGUGACAAUCGACCUAGCAGGCGUCUUAAUAUUUAG